AUGUUGGACAUGUUGAAUGAAACCUUCAACAAGGAGGAAGACAACUCCAAAUCAAUUUCGGCAAUUGAAGAUCAACUAGAACGAAUAACGGAGAAACUAAAGCAACAACCACCGGGCAAAACUUUGGACAUUACCCAAGUAAAUGAGGUAUGUUUUCUAUGCAAUGACAACGUUGUGCAUAAUCCUACACCACCCAAACUAGAGCUUGUGGUAGAGGAUUAUGUAUCUUUAGAUGACCAGGAGAAUGAGAGUAUGAUAGAAAGAAAAGAAGCUAUAAUUGAAUUGGAAAAUUAUAAUGAAGAGUUUCAUCUUUUAGAAGCAUCCAAAGUUGGGGAAGGGUUCGUGGAGGUUGGUAUCACCUCUUACCCAACAACUUUUAAAAAACCUGAACCGCAACUUCUUGAUAUGAUGGAUUCUAAAAGACUAAACACAUACAAACAACUAAAUGUCAUCAUUGAUCAUCCCCUCUUAGCAACUAUAUUUUCCCAUAUAAGUUGUCGAGAAGGUGCGAUAAAUGUGACAUAUGGAAACCAUAAAGUAAUCUUUAUUUUUCUUGGACCUACUAAUGAUCCUCCAAUCAGUGGUGAACUAUUUGUGAUCAAUACUAUCGAUGAUUAUGUUUAUGAGCAUACCGCAAAUAUGCUCUAUGGAACCACCCACAAUUUGGAGAAAAAUUUAUCAUGUAAUAGGUCAAAAGCACUAGAUGAUUGCAUGAGUCAACACAAGAAAAGAAGAUUAGGGAAUAAGAAACAUGAUAACACACACUCUCAAAAAUAA